AUGAGAGUGGGAGGGAGAAGGCGGCCGGAAGAGGAAGAGGCCUCCGAGAGAUCGCGACGCUCAGGAAGGCGCAGGCGCAGGCGCAAGCGCGGGAGUGCGGGCGGGAAACAUCCGGGCACCUCGGGCCGGGCCGAGCCGGUCGCGCCGCCGUGCAGUCAGUCAGUCAGUCAGGGCCCCGCCGCUAUGCUGAAGUGCGAGAUGAGCAGCAGCCACGUGAAAGCAUUUGGAAAAGCAGUUCAAGCUGUGUCACGAGUUAGUGAUGAACUGUGGUUAGAUACAACUGAAAAGGGUCUUGCUUUAAGGUCUGAGAACUCCUGCUGGUCAGCAUAUGGCUGUGUUCUCUUCUUUCCUGUGUUUUUUCAACAUCAAUGGUCAACAAUGGAUAAUAAUGCAACACUGAAUUUAAAUUGCCAGUUGGGAAUGAAAUCAAUUCUGCCCAUCUUUAAAUGUCUGAAUUUCCAUGAAAGAAAUGUAGAAAAGUGCAAGAUAUUCACCAGAUCUGAUAAUUGCAAAGUAAUUGUUUAGUUCUUUUGCAAACAUGACUUGAACAAUUCUGUACACAGUGAAAUGAUUGUUGGUCCAGAUGAAUUUGAUUUCUUUCAAAUUGGAGUUGACACUGAAAUAACAUUUUGCUUCAAAGAAUUAAAGGGAAUGCUGACAUUUUCAAAAGCUUUACAUGCACCUAUAUCCAUUCAUUUUGAUUUUCCUGGGAAGCCUGUGGCUUUAAGUAUUGAUGACAUGUUACUGGAAGCUAACUUUGUUUUGGCCACUUUAGAUGAUGAGCCAAGUAGAGCGUCUUCUCCACAAUCACUGUGUCUUUCACAAAGACAAGGAAGGUCAGAUCUGAUAUGCUCCAAUUCAAAGGCUGGCAAAAAUUUAACCAGAACACCCAAUAAGUUUCACAAAAGGUUUUAUGCCAGUGAAACACUCACAAAUAUCUCUACACUCGAAAAUGGUGGCAGCCCUGAAAUGGAAAGUACAAAUUGAAACAGUAGUCAAGUCCAAGAAAGUAGUGUCAGUAACUCAGAAGAGCCAGGGUCUCUGUAUGGCAAGAAGGAUGCACUUACGGUGCUCUUCCGCGAACUCCCCGAAUUUAGAGCUCGUUCUCGAGAAAGCCAGGCUGCUCGAGCAAGAUAUGAACUAGUGAAUGACAGUAGUGGUUCUCAACAAAGAUCUCAACUGGGUUUCAAAAAGACGGGCAAAAGGUUUACAUCACUGGCCAUUGAGAUCAGUGGCAAAGAAGGUGGUCCUGCCAGCAGGAUCAACUCAGACAGCAAGAGGGAGUUUGGGAUGAUGAAAAGGAAAGGCAGGAGCUGA